ACGCCUACAUAUUGAAUCAUUAGAAAAUGGCUGACAUUGAAGAAGACACAAAAGGAGAUAUUUCUGGAACAGUGUAUCGUACAAUGAACCAUGUGAUGAGAGAAGAAGGGAACGAGAUGCUGGAUGCCAUCACGUUCGAUAGGCACAGACUGCAAGUGGUCCAGCGAAGAGUGAUGGCACUUGCUAUUCGCUCGUCCCCUGUCCAACAAUUUGGAAUGGGAUUUGGCAUUGGAUGGGUAUCUGGAUAUCUGUUCAGAAAGGUCAGUCGAACAGCUGCUUUCGUUCUCGGCUGUGGCUUCCUUGCAUUACAGGGUGCAGUGUCACUAGGUAUUGUGUCAAUAAACACAGAAGGAGUCAAAGAACUUGCUAGACACAAUAUGAGACGAUUUGAGACUCAUGUGAGAUCCAUCAGUGGAGAAGAAGCAGCCAGUCAGGGUGGAGUGUUUCAAAAACUUUACGACUUUGCUCAGACUCAUAUGUUUAUUUCAAGUGGAUUCAUCUCUGGUGCUGUUGUGGCAUUUACAUUCUAAUGUUAUAUCUUCAUAUAAUUCAAAUGUAUCUUUAUUUUAUUCAUUGUAUAAAACAGUAUCAUGUUAUGACUUAUGAGUAUUGAAUAAUAGUGAGUUAUUGUGCAGUGAAUUGAAUAUGUUGACCAUGUGUUGACAUUCA